UGCAUUCAAUUUUUCAUGUGCUCCAUUUGACGCGCAAUUUCUUUCUCUCUCUAAAUUUGGAAAAUCAAAUUCCAUGGGAUUUCAAUCUGUUACAAUCUCCAAUUACUUCUCGGAUUCUGUUUCUUCCAAAUCUCGCUUCUCUUUCGCCCCACCCAUAUAUAUCUCCGAUUCCUCCCCGAUUCCGUAUCUGUUCCUGCUCCUCAUUCUCUAAUCGAUCCAGUUUUUGUUCCAAUUUUUCAAUCGAUCCAGUUUUUUUUGCCCUCGGAGUCCGAUCGAGCUUGUUUUUCAUCGACAUUGACGGAAACUGAAGAGGCAGAGCAAAGGAACAAGGCGAAUCUGUUGAUUUUUCUGAGGUGAAAUUAUGGGAUUCAAAUCACUCUUCUCACGGAAGAAGAAAUCGGAUGCCUCGAGCGAUUCGCCGCCUGGAUCUACGGCGGUUCCGGUGCUUGGAUCUCGAACGCCGUCUUUCAAUUGUCGAACGCAGAUCGCGGAACUGGAGCAAGUAUUCAAGAAAUUCGAUGUGAACGGCGACGGCAAGAUCUCCUCCUCUGAACUCGGAUCCAUUAUGGGGAGCCUAGGGCAGCCGGCGACGGAGGAGGAGAUUCAGAACAUGAUCAAGGAGGUGGACGCGGACGGCGACGGAUUCAUUGACCUCGACGAAUUCAUCGAGUUGAACACCAAGGGCGUGGAUUCCGAGGAGGUGCUGGAGAAUCUGAAGGACGCAUUCUCCGUCUACGACAUCGACGGAAACGGAUCGAUCACGGCGGAGGAAUUGCACGAGGUGUUGAAGAGUUUGGGGGACGAAUGUUCGUUGGCCGAUUGCCGGAAGAUGAUCACCGGCGUCGACAGAAACGGUGACGGUAUGAUUAGCUUCGAUGAAUUCAAAGUCAUGAUGAUGAGCGGCUCUCGAUCACACGGCUUCGGUGGUUAAAAAAUUGUGCUAAUGAAUUAAUAAUUAUGAUUAAUUAGCUAUUUUAGCUUAACAUUUUCCAUUCCCUCAAUUAUCUAGUUUAGGAAUCAUUUCCAUGUAAUUGAUCCUAAUUUUAAUUAAAAAAGAAAAAUUAG